AUGGAUUUCGCGAAUGUUUCUGAUUUCGUGUAUGUUGUUAUUGUCGUGAAUCUCGCGAACGCUGUGAGUGUCGUGAAUGCUGUGAAUGAUGUGAAUGAUGUUAAUGUCGUGAGACUCGCGAACGCUGUGAGUGUCGUGAAUGCUGUGAAUGAUGUGAAUGAUGUUAAUGUCGUGAGCCUCGCGAACGCUGUAAGUGUCGUGAAUGCUGUGAAUGAUGUGAAUGAUGUUAAUGUCGUGAGACUCGCGAACGCUGUGAGUGUCGUGAAUGUUGUGAAUGAUGUGAAUGAUGUUAAUGUCGUGAGACUCGCGAACGCUGUGAGUGUCGUGAAUGCUGUGAAUGAUGUUAAUGUCGUGAGACUCGCGAACGCUGUGAGUGUCGUGAAUGCUGUGAAUAAUGUUAAUGUCGUGAGCCUCGCGAACGCUGUAAGUGUCGUGAAUGCUGUGAAUGAUGUGAAUGAUGUUAAUGGCGUGGAUAUUUCGAAUGUCGUUACCGUUGAAAAUGUCGUGAAAGACGUGUUUUUUGUGAAUGUCGUUAACGCUGUGAAUUUGUUUCUGUUGUGA